AAAGCAUUGGGCAUUGUCUGGUGAAUAUAACAGUUCCAAUCGCGAUUUAGGCCAAGCAAGUCAAUCAGAAACCAGCGGAAAUGGCCCACCAAUUGACUAUCCUUUGCUGCGCACUUUUGGCUGCGGCUGCUGCGAGCUACAUCCCUCAUGGCGGAUACAACCACGAGCACGGAGUGGGCUACAGCAUCCAGACGCACCACGAGGCGCCCAAGCAGUGGCAGGAUCACCACCAGGCUCAUCACCAAUGGCUGGAUGCCCCAAAGGCCCACUCUUGGGGCGCAGUUCAGGAGCACCACCACCAGCAGUGGGCUCCAGUCGAGGAGCCCAACCACCACCCCAAAUACGAAUUUAAUUACGGCGUAAAGGACACCAAGACCGGAGACAUCAAGCAGCAGUGGGAGACCCGCGAUGGCGACAAGGUCAAGGGUGGCUACACCAUGCAGGAGGCUGAUGGACGCACCAGGAUCAUCGAGUACACCGCCGACGCCCACAACGGAUUCCAGGCAACCGUGAAGCACGUGGGGCACGCCAGUCCCUUGGAGCACGGCCACGGAUGGCAUGGCCAUGGACAGGAGUACGGACAUGGGCAUGGUCAUGCCACAAGCUACGUGGAUGUCAAGCAGGACACCAGUGGCAAGUGGCAGGACAAGAGCAACAAGUGGUGGUGAAGUAAGUCAGUAAAACUGACUGACUGCAAACGUUUCGGACCGACUUCAUUAUUGUAAAUAAUAACUGCGAAAUUGUUAACUUAAAUGGUAGCUAAAUAAAUCCAAGGCUACAAAACGAA